GGUUGAAGAGAGCAGCAUAUUCUUCUACUUCAUCCUACAGGUUAUCACAAGUAAAACUGCUUUCACUCUCAAAAAUCGUUUUUUUCUGCUAGGUUAAUUAGCUAGUAAAUUAGGCUAGUUUACUAGCUAUUAAUGGAGAUCCUUUCCGGUCCUGCUGCUCCAGAAGGCUCCUCCAGGAGGCCAGAAUCUGAGAUCCAUCUUGCUGUACGAUCUCGGCCCCACCUCGCCACGCUUUGAACCCUGUCCUGAAGUGGUGGCGCUGAAGAAGAUGUUCGCUGUAGGAUGAAGCUGAGGAAUAUGCUUGAAGAGAGCAGCAUAUUCCUCUACUUCAUCCUACAGCGUUAAGGUCGGUGAAAAAAUACUGCAUCUCUAAAACUUCUACGUACCGCACCACCUUAGAGAGUAAUUAUUCAUCGACCUUCAUCUUGCUGUCGUUGUAAGUAGUUCUUUUUGUUUUUGAUGAUGUAGCUAGCUGUAAGUAGAUUUCAUCAUCGUUAUGAGCUACUUCAAAGUUAGAUGGCAGAAGUUUAUCAUGUUGAUCAUCAUGUAGAUGUUGUGCUUGAAGACCUAGAAGUAGGAUUCAUUUUCAUUUAUUGAAAUGACUUGUAAAUUUGUCGGUUUGGAAGUGGAUAGCUAUCUAAGAUAAUGAUAAAGAUUGUUAAUAUAGGAAAUUGAGAUAGUUUCAGUUGUAACCGUUAUCGUUCCAUGCAUUGUUGUAAGUUGAGGUAGAACCACGAGAGCUUGAUUUAAUCUGCUUGUCGAGAUGAAAUUAAUGUGUUGUAUCCUGAAUUCUUUCUUAAAGAUAAGCGAUUAAUAGCGAUGCGGUGGCGCGUCCGCGUGCGUUGCUGAUUUUGGUACCACCGCCAGGCUUUUGUACCUGCUACUGUCUGACCGUCCUUUCUUCGAGGGAAAUGUGGGUAGACGACAAAUCAAAUAGAUACUACCUUUCAUGAACGUGCUUGUUGUCGUUGAUGCUGCUAGUUUAGUCAUUUUCAUUCAAGUGUACGAUAUCUUCACGUUAUUAUAACUGUAAUGGAGGGCGGCUCAUCUUCAUCUUCUUCAUAUACAAUAUGUUGAACUUUGUUCUACUAGUGGGUCCUCCUAUCCUAUUGAAUUUGUUGAAAACGUAUGAUGUAUCAGAACUAGUCUCUGACUUGCUCACGGGGCCCCGCUGCGUCGGGUUGCGCCUUAGGUUUUCUACAGGAGUCGAAUGUACGGCUUCUCCGAUAGAUGUAGACUUGUGGCCGAUUGUACGGUCUUAUGCGCACCCAGUAUGUAACUUGGAUGAUCUUAUAAAUAAGGAGGUAAAUAAUUGGUUGAAAGGGUGGCAGCAUAUAGUCCUAACGCAAAAAAAAAAAAACUCUACGGGUGCUAAGGCCAGCACUAUCAGGAACGUACACGUGACAUUCGACCUCCUUGUUUUAAGAAUUCGAACUUCGUUUUAGCAUGAUUGAUUCCUGUUAUGUAAAAGUAGUUACAUGAAAAGUGAUAUGAUAGAGAAAGUGACCCUGAUUGUUGUUUGACCUCCACCAGUUGUUAUUCAGAAGUCGAAUUCGAGAAUGCCGAAUGAGAACAAGAAAUAGAGAUAGAGUCCUUGUCUGUGAAAUGUAAAGUUUGCGUAGAAAAAUAUGAAAAAUUAUAACUCUGACUUUCACUUUGAAUUCUGAGCACGUCUUUCUUGUUUGGAAAGAAGCAGCUAUUCCUUCCACCUAGGAGUACGAAGGGGAUAGUAGAGGGCGUGACAUGUCAAAGAAGAUAUGUAAUUAAAGAUGAUCUGAUGAUGAUUAAGUGUUGGUAGUCCUUCUGAGGCUGCGCAUAUCCGCUUGCUUAUGCAGGG